AUGUCUACCACCAGUUCGCAGUACAGGAAUGCCACCCAAACUCCUUCGCACUACCAGGACUUCCCCACAAGCAAUCACGACCCUUUGUAUGGCCUAGGAUCAUGGCAGCAACAUCAUAACGCUCCCAGCCACGACUCGUACGCUGCCGGCCCGUCAACGGCGCAAUUCCUACAUUACCCUCCGGUCGGAGUCGACUCCGCUGGUUCACAUCCACAGUCUGCGCCAACUGCUUGGGCUGGUUACGUCAGACAAGCACCUCUGGAAUGGCAGCAUGCUGGACCAGAGCAGAAUUACACGGCGCGCUCAACUGUCCCCUAUUGCGAUGCGGAAGGGUCCGCGUCCGUGCAGCAUCAACUUCCCACUGUUUCGCGGCACUAUCAGCAGCAGCAACAACAACAUCAAUAUCAACACCAGCCAGCGCUAAGUUUAGGGCACACAUUACCCCUGGCCUCGCAGGACCAUGCGUUUCGAAGUACGGAACGCUUUCACGAGCUGCGCAUUUCGUCAGAGUCCCCCGCCAAUACGGUAGACCCACCAUACUCGAAUCAUGCUCAGAAGCUACCUCCAGUCCCACAACUAUCGCAUUCACAACCACAGGCUGUUCUGUUGCACACAAACAACGCCCCACAGGUUCCAUUGCAUCAUGAUGUCUCCUGGGAAGCGCACCAGCAGUAUUCGGGUCAUGCUGGCGAUGUCGUCAAUACCAGAGCUUCAGAUACGAGACAUCAUAGUUCAUCUACCAUUCCCUGGCCCAUAGUCGACCCCGUGGAAGCUUCCAAUGUGCCCACUGUUUACGAAGCGCCUCAGAACAUGCGUCGAGAAUGGAACGUCGCCGAAGCACCACCUGAGCAGGAACUCUACUCCCAGCACCAGGUUCCAGUCGAGCAUGUGGAUCGAGCAACGCAACUGCUUGCUCAGCAUAGGCCAACACCAAAGAAGAAAGCAGCUAAGGUUCCUUCAUCUUUCGUUGAGCGACAGGAGAAGCUGAAGGUGUCCAAGCGAAAAGGCCCUCUCCAGGAAAGGCAAAGGGAGAAGACCCAUACUAUGCGCAAGACCAAGCGUAUAUGCUGUGACGAAGGAGACCCGUGUGAAAAGUGUGAGAAGAUCACAGGGCAUGCAAGGUCGUUUCGCGAGCCGUGUUACAGAGAACACCUCGAAGAUACAAGUCUUAUACGUCGGUGCAAUGGACGUGAGCACCAAGAGGAAGCCGAAUUCCUCGGUUACGACUGGAUACACAACAGUCAACUAUACGAAAUGGAGAUCAUCUGGAACCUCCCUGGCUACGGUCCUAUACCCAAUGCACAGCCUCUGCGUAUCGCCUUUCGACCGUACAGCCCGACACGCGGUUCACUCGAUGUAGCGACAUCUGUCUGGUCCAACAGAGAUGGACAAGUACCAUCUGUCGAGCAGCCGGCAUACGCCAUUUACGACACCGCAAAUCUCGUACUGGCUUAUGAACGCUACUUCUCUAGCCUCCAACCUGCAAUUGAAGAGUGGGUUUUUGCUCGCAUUCGGCAGGACGAAGUCGCCUACCAUACCUAUCAGGAAGUGGUACGCAUGCGGAGGGUAACUGGAAGUAAAGCCCUUGACCUCGCAAUGCGACUUCAGUGUCUCUCGGUUGUCUCGCAGGGGUAUGGUUCAGUAUUCUCGGAAAACAUACCCGGUAUACGCGAGUACGAUUAUCGCAGACUUGGCCGUAGCGACUACGAAGCAUACGACCGAAACUCCUGCGAUCGCCCACUCCCAGGCGCCAUAACCCACCAGAUGGACGUCGCGGCUGUAAAAUAUCUUCGCAAAUUGGAAAAGCUUUUCGUCAAGGAGCUAGCGACACUGAUUUUCAAGCCUAGAAUCAAGCCUUGGUACGAGCUUUUCCUGGCAUUCUAUGUCAUUUUCUGGAACCUUGAGUAUAUCCACCAUGGUGCGCAAGACUACAUCAAGUCGAAAAAUGGCACAUUGAUCGAGAACCAGGUCAGCAACGUAGUGACCACUCAAAUCAAGAAGUGGGAAUUCGCUUUCCCGGUACUGCUGUAUCACUGGCGUUGCAUUCUCCGCGGCUACUCGCCCUUCAAGCUAGCACGCGACAAUCCGGAGGAACUCCGGGAGCGAGGUCAUAUUGAUGCAGAAGGCUUCGCAUAUGUCACACUCAUUGCGAAUCUAUUUGACCGAAAUAAGCCCGAUCGCUUCCAGCCGCCGCUUACCGGGUUUGCCGCAACGCACUGGUCCACUUCAAGUGAAUGGAUUGUAAAGCUUUUCAAGGAAGCUGGAGCGUAA